AUGCCCAUCCGCAAGCUCUCCAUCUCGCGCAAGGGCUCCUCAAACGACAUGCGCGCCCUCAACGGCAGCCUUCGCGGCGACAAGCCCCCAGUCUCCAUCGGCUCCCGCGCAAGCUCGACCGUCGGCGACGACGUGGACGGGCAGGCAUCCGGGUCGUCGUCGCCGCGUCGAAAGCAGUCACUGGCGGUUAAGAGCAAGCGUCGUCUCUCGGCAAUCUUCAACUCUGGAUCGCAGCACAGCAAGGCCGACCGUUCCAGGGAGGAAUCGCCAGUGUUGGCGUCAUCUGGCGCGAACGGAGCGUCCGGCGCGUCGACCCCGACACUCGAUACAGUGGCCAGCAAGUACUCCACCCUCGACUCCAAGGGGCUCCCCUCAGUCCCCUCGGUGACAAGUGAGACCAGCGACGCCCUCUCGUCUGGCAUAAAAGGUCUCAACGUCGAUGCAUCCACGCCCCAGCCCAUUGCUCUGCCUGUGGCUUCUGCCCCGGUUAGUCUCUCGCCCGAGCCGACGCUAGUGGACUCGCCCGACCGCACUCGCCCCAUCUCCACCUUGUCUACCCCGCAACGUGCUGCUCGUGUUCACAGCUUGUACACGCAGUGGGCCGAGUACUCGGACAGUGAAUCGGAGGACGAUGGAGCUGGCUAUGCCACUCCGUCCGAGGGUCUCAGUGACCUCGAGGAGGAGGACGAGGACGAGGAAGGGACCGGGACGGCUGCUUCAAAGGCCAACGGUAAUGGCUCAGCCACUAAGAGCACUCGCCUCAAGCUCUACCGUAGCGAGGCCGGCGCGGCCAAAGUGACUCAUCAGCCAUUCAAGCGUGGUGACCCUCUCGCCAUUAACCAGACGGCUGCCCUUGCGCCCGAUCUAGACGUGUGUCGUGCCGUCAUCACACUCUUCCUUUCGAGUAAAAUGCGUGAGGCUGAGGACCUCCUCGUUGCCAAGGACGCCGACAACAACCACCUCUACUUGCAGAUGGGUCACAGUCUCAUCCAGUGCCUCAAGGGCAUGAUGACCUUUGACUCGGAAGACCUCACCACCGCUCUGGACAUUGCCAAGGCUACUUCGCUCACCGCAACGACACUCCGUCGUCCUACCGAGUCUGUUCUGAGCAAGAUUGGCGGUCUCGUCCGGUCUGGCCAUGGCGUUGCGCGUGUUCGCCAGAUGUCGGCUCUCGAGCGCCACGCCGAGCUCGUCUAUGCCGAGACUGUCCUCAUCAAGGCCAUGGUGGCGAUCGUUGCGGGAGGGGACUGGCUCGGCCUCAUCAAAGAGGCCCUCAACAUGCGCACUGCCCAUGGCAUUUACCGCAACCUCCAGCAAUAUUUGGACGAGUCGGAUAAGGACGGUUACGACGACGAUAUCGACAUGGACUUCCGAUCGGGUGUGCUGCUGGGCACGGGUACUUCGUCCCUCAUGCUGUCCCUCUUGCCAGGCAAGGUUCUGAAGCUGGCGGAAGUGUUCGGUUACGCGGGUGACCGCACGAUCGCACUCAAGACUCUCAUGUCUGCCGGCGGUUGGAGCGACGACUCGGAACUUCCAGCGUUCAACCAGACCAACGAGGGCAUCCGUCGUCCUGUCUGUGACAUGAUUCUGCUGACAUUCCACCUUGUCAUCUCGGUCCUGAUGCCUGUCUCUGGAGUGGACAUUCCCGCCGCGCGCAAGAUUCUGGCCUACAACAUGAAGCGGUACCCCGAUGGUGUCUUCUUCCUGUACUUCCAGGCCCGCCUGUUCACCAACCAAUGCGAGCCUGAGCUCUCGAACGAGAGCUUGCAACACGCACUCAACCUGCCGCUUGAGUAUGUCCAGUUGCAGCACAUGUGUCUGUGGGACUAUGGCUGCAACUACUUGCAACUCAACAACUGGGACGGCGCGCGUCAAUGCUUUGAGAUUCUGCGUGCCGAGUCCAACUGGAGUCGUGCAGUUUACACCUACGCCACCGCUGUCAGCAUCAUGGAGCUUAUCUCGUGCGAGGAGCAUCCCGAGGCCACCCCAGAGGCUGUCGUCGAGCUUGUGCAGCUUAUCCCCAAGCUCACCAAGAAGAUUGCCGGCAAGUCGCUCCCCAUCGAAAAGCUUGUUGCUCGCAAGUCGCGCAAGUUUGCUUCGCAGGGCAACCGUCUCUUCCUCCCGGCCAUGGAGCUGGCAUAUGUGUUUGGCUCUCUGGGUUUCACACCCCGCCGUGUCCUCUUGUCCAAGUGGCUCCCACACAUCAACGCCGAGCUGGCAAAGCUCGAGGCUUCCACUCCGGAAGCGUGGGGCAGCGGCGUCGAGUACUGGGACGACGCUGUGCUCGGCCACUUCCUCCGUGCCAUGGUUCAGUUCAUCUCCCGUUACCAGCCGGCGGAUGCUGCCGACAGCGCACGUGUCCACCAGCCUGGCGAGCCCAGUGACGAGGACCUGGAUGCUGGUGCUGAACGCGACUUCCAGUUUGUCAUUGACCACUCGACCGACGUGCGACUCGACCACUACAUCCUGUUCCACAACCACUACGAGAUGGGCCGCCUGUACGCUCGCCGCGGCGACAAGGCCAACGCACGGAUCCACUUUGACGUUGUCAUGAACAACAAGCUGCCAGUGCCCAACCCGCACAUUGGCAAGACGGCUGGAAAGUACUCGCUCGAGGGCGCGUUGCAGAUCAAGACGCACGCAGCCAUGCAGGGUCUGAAGGAGUCUGCGUAA